AUUUACCAGAGGCCAGGACAGCGUGUGGGAGAAUGUGAAGAGAAUGGAAGGGCUUCAGAGGAGCAGAUACGGGACUAUGGCUGAAGGCGGGAUAGAACAUAAGCUGUUUGCAACCUCGUCCUCAUUGCGGAUCAUCCUGGUGGGCAAAACAGGCAGCGGGAAGAGCGCCACCGGGAACAGCAUCCUCUGCCAGCCAGCGUUUGAGUCCAGGCUGGCGGCCCAGUCGGUGACCAGGAAGUGUCAGGGCGCAACGGGCACGUGGGAUGGGAGGAGCGUCCUGGUGGUGGACACGCCCCCCAUGUUUGAGGCGAGGGCCCAGGACCAAGAGGCGUACGAGAACAUCGGGGACUGCUACCUGCUCUCGGCCCCGGGGCCUCACGUGCUGCUGCUGGUGACCCAGCUGGGGCGCUUCACAGAGCAGGACGUGGUGGCCGUGACCAGGGUGAAGGAGGUCUUUGGGGCGAGAGCCCUGAGACACACGGUCAUCCUCUUCACCCACAAGGAGGACUUGGGGGACGGAUCCUUGCGUGACUACGUAGCAAACACAGACAACGUCAGGCUGAGGGGCCUGGUCCGGGAGUGCGGGCACAGGUACUGCGCCUUCAGCAACCGGGCCUCCGGGGACGAGCAGAGGAAGCAGCUGGCCGAGCUGAUGGCCGUGGUCGAGGGGCUGGAGAGGGAGCUCCAGGGCGCCUACCUCAGCAACGACCUCUUCUUUGAUGCACAGCGGCUCCAGCAGGGCGGGGGCGACCCCCAUGGAGAAGGUCACGUGCGCUACCUGGCCAAGGUGCGGUCGCAUAUUGCAAGGCAAAAG